AUGUCUUCCACCGCAGUUCCCAAGCGCGUUGCGCUGAACCGCAACCUCCCAACAGAGUCCUCUACUGUGAGCUCUGUCUCGGCGUCGCCUUUUGAUAGCCCGCGCCAGUCCCCCUCUUCGACUUCUUUGUCCUCCAUGGCCUCGGAGCAAGAGGCCAGCAAGAUGCUGAACACCUACGGUGGAGAGUUCAAGAUCCCCGACUACACCAUCAAGCAGAUUCGCGAUGCUAUUCCCGCUCACUGCUUCCACCGCUCCGCGGUCACCAGUCUUUACUACGUCUUCCGGGACAUGGCCAUCCUGGCCUCGGUCUUCUACCUCUUCCACAACUUUGUGACUCCCGAGACCGUGCCCUUCAUGCCUGCCCGUGUUGCCCUCUGGACCAUGUACACCAUCGUCCAGGGUCUGGUGGGAACCGGUGUUUGGGUCCUGGCCCACGAGUGUGGCCACCAGGCUUUCUCCCCCUCCAAGACCUUGAACGACACCGUUGGCUGGAUCUGCCACUCUCUCCUGCUGGUUCCCUACUUCUCAUGGAAGAUCUCCCACGGAAAGCACCACAAGGCCACCGGUAACCUGGCCCGUGACAUGGUCUUCGUCCCCAAGACCCGCAGCGAGUAUGCCUCCCGCGUGGGCAAGACCUUGCACGAGCUCGGCGAGUUGUUCGAGGAGACCCCCAUCCUCACUGCCGGCAACCUUCUUGCCCAGCAGCUCUUCGGAUGGCCUAUGUAUCUCCUGAACAACGUCACCGGUCACAACAACCACACCAACCAGCCCGAGGGCCGCGGUAAGGGCAAGGCCAACGGCUGGGGCGGUGGUGUCAACCACUUCAACCCAUCCAGCCCUCUGUACGAGGCCAAGGACGCCAAGCUGAUUGCCCUGUCGGAUCUCGGUCUGUUCCUCACCGGCAGUCUCCUGUACUACAUCGGCUCGAACUUCGGCUGGCUCAACCUGCUGGUCUGGUACGGUCUCCCCUACCUGUGGGUGAACCACUGGCUCGUUGCCAUCACCUUCCUCCAGCACACCGACCCUACUCUUCCUCACUACGAGCCUGAAGUGUGGACCUUUGCUCGCGGUGCUGCCGCCACCAUUGACCGUGACUUCGGCUUCGUUGGCCGUCACAUCUUCCACGGCAUCAUUGAGACCCACGUCCUGCACCACUACGUCAGCAACAUCCCCUUCUACAACGCCGAUGAGGCCUCCGAUGCCAUCAAGGGCGUCAUGGGUGAACACUACCGCACUGAAGCUCACACCGGCUGGACUGGUUUCUUCAAGGCUCUCUGGACUUCUGCCCGUGCUUGCCACUGGGUCGAGCCCACCGAGGGUGCCACUGGCGAGAGCCAGCAUGUGCUGUUCUACCGCAACACCAACGGUAUUGGAGUUCCUCCUGCCAAGAUGUCUGCCAAGGCCGAAUAG